UCGCAGCUACAGUAGCAGCACGCAGACAAAGCAGACGCGGACAGCAGCAGCAGCAGCAGCACGCGGACGGAAGGAGAUCGGCGGCGAGAUGCUGGCUGUGUUCGACCAGACGGUGGCCAAGUGCCCGGAGGGCCUCCGCAGCCCGCCGACGGCCGGGGGAGCAGCGGGAGGCGGCGCGGGCGCGCUGAUGAAGGGAUUCGCCGACGCCAACGACGCCGCGGUCACCGUCAGCCUCGGCUCCGCCGGCGCCCUCGCAUACUCCUCGGCCAACAAGAACCCGCUCGUCCCCAGGAUGUUCGGUUCUGUGAAUGACAUAUUUUGCCUGUUCCAAGGACAUGUUGAGAACAUUGGCAACCUGAAGCAGCACUAUGGUCUGAGCAAGACAGCAAAUGAGGUUACCAUCCUGAUCGAGGCCUACAGGACCCUCCGGGACAGAGGCCCACUCCCAGCCAGUCAGGUCGUGAGAGAUCUCAGUGGAAAGUUCGCUUUCAUCCUGUACGACACGCUGUCGAAAUCCACCUUCGUCGCUGCUGAUGCUGAUGGCAGUAUCCCCUUCUUCUGGGGUGUCGACUCUGAAAACCACCUUGUGUUCUCUGAUGACACUGAGCUUCUUAAGGCAGGCUGCGGGAACUCAUUCGCGCCAUUCCCCAAAGGCUGCUUCUACACCACCUCUGGAGGGCUGCAGAGCUUCGAGCACCCACUGAACGAGCUGAAAGCGGUGCCAAGGGUGGACAGCCAGGGCCAGAUGUGCGGCUCCACCUUCAAGGUCGACAGCGAGGCCAAGAAGGAUUCGGGGAUCCCUCGCGUCGGUAGCGCCGCUGAUUGGUCUAACCACUACUAGUCCGAUGACCCAAUUGCAUUGCUACCAUUCCCUGGUUGUAAACUGUCAAUCUUGAGACUGAAUUGCUGCGACCUCACGGCGUUUUAUUUUAAGCAGUUUACGGACGCUUUACACAAUGCUGUUUCAAUAAAUGUAUGGUCAGAUGAGUAAUGGUACUGCUGUAAGUUUUCUGAUACUCGAACAAACUCUGAUCCUACCUGGGUGGUAUAGAUUUAUCUGUCCCACAUAUAUGUUUCAGUAAAUAAAGUUCAGUGACGGCUCCA